CCCCUGCAUUUGAUGCCCCGUCACAGAGCGGUUAUACAAUCUGCGCCUGCCAGAAUUAAACCUCACCAUGUUCUGCCUUUAAGGACGGCUUCACAACAAGCUGCCAGGAUGAUGAAAACAAAAUUUUCAAGUAGGAAAAGGAAGGACUGUAAUCUCUUGAAGCCAAUGUGAGAAAAUGGCUUCUCACAAGUCAAAGACCGGCACAAAGAUAAAUGUAACAAAGGAAUCCAGUCCAGUGGAUGAAUAUGUUACACCUGGGGGCUAUGAGCUAGAGAAAAUCCUCAACCGUGGGAGUGUGGCUUACACUCAUGUCAACGAGGUCUGGCCCAACGUCUAUAUUGGGGAUGAGGAGACUGCAAAGGACAAGUAUAAUCUGAAGAAGUUGGGGAUUACGCACGUCUUGAAUGCAGCAGAGGGAACGUGGAACAACGUGGACACAGGAGCUGGGUACUACAGUGACAUGAACAUCGUCUACUAUGGUGUCGUAGCAGAAGACGUCACAUCCUUUGACCUCAGCCAGUAUUUCUACUCUGCUGCCGGGUUCAUCAAGGAAACGCUGUGCAAUCCUCAGAGUAAGACAACAGAAAAUAUUCAGACCACAGGUCAACGAAGCACUCAUGAUAAACUGCUGGUGCACUGUGUGAUGGGAAGGAGUCGGUCCGCCACACUUUUCCUUGCUUACCUCAUGAUCUGCGAGAACAUGACAGUAGCCGACGCCAUCGAUCACGUGAAACAACGCAGACGGAUCAUACCUAACUGGGGAUUCCUGAAACAACUGAGAGAGCUGGACAUUCAGCUUCUGGGGAAAAGUGAAGACUCUACAGAGCAGAGCUGAUAGUUUGAUUCAUUGGACAAGUUGAAUCUUGGAACAAUCCUUGCGUUCCAGUUUGGUUUCAAGUCAUUUUAGACACGUUUUGGAUAAGCUGGGAUAAUAAAGUCUCUUAUAAAGUCCAAAUAAUGUAAUUAAUCAUUCAGGACAGGUCAAGGUCGAGUCCCAUUAAUGUCAGAUAAAAAGUCAAGAAAAGCCUCAAGUCAGUUUGGACAAGUACAAGUCCAAUCACAAGUCAUUCAAGACAAGUUGGUUCCCAAGUCAUAGUUCCAGUUGCUAUAGCCUGAUUUUAGUUACAUUUACAUUGACCAAAGCCCAGCCAGUAGUUAUUAAACCCAAACUUAAGACAACUCAGAGUCAUUGGAGAUGGGUUCUAGUCUAAGUAUGAAUUAGAUCAAUGCAGAUCCAAUUUAGGUCUCAAGUUAUUUCAAAGUCAGGCCAUUACUAAUUUGAAAUACAGUAAGUCCAAGUUGAGACAGAAGUUAGUUGAAACAAAUGAUUCAAUCAUAUCAGAUCUGGUUUAGAUUUCAAGUUCUAUGAGUCAAGUCUAAGACAGGGCAAACAAUGUCAAAUUUAAUUCAAGACAAGUCAAAAUCCAAUGUAGUGGAGGCUAUACCAAAUACAAUUUGGUAUAAGUCUUGAGUCAUUUGAGAAAGGUCAGGAUAAGGGGUCAAGAUAAUGAAUGGAUGGAUGUCUAUAAUUGUGUUUGAGGUCCUUCAAAUUGUGAGUUCGUUUUAAUAAUGACGAUUAUUUCAAUGAAGAGGCUCAAUAAUUUAUUACUCUGAGUGUUUUGCCAUUCAAGGCCCACCAUUUGUAUUUGUUUUCAAACUUUUAUUA